UUUCGCCCUCUCUUUUCAUAGCCUACUACACACUGCACGCACGUAAAACGCACCGGAAGGACACGCGGAGCAGUACAACUACUACUACAACAAUGAUUACCCAUUGGACGCUGAUCGUGCUGGUGGCGGUCGCCGUUGCCGGGCCGUGCACGGUACUGGCCCGCCCGCUAGAACCGGAAGCGCCGGCCGAGAUCUACAACGAGCUGGCGGAGGAGUUUCAGCGGCUGCACAACCAGGAGAUACGCUUCCUGCAGUAUCUGAGCGUGCAGGCGGAGCGGCAGCAGCGCGAAGAAGCCUACCUUCAGGCGCAGCGCGAACAGCAGCAGCUUGCGCUAGACGUGCGCAGCAGCAGCAACACCAACGCGCUGCUAGACGAUGCCGGCUCGCUGCUCGACGACAUACCGCAGGAGUACGGACGGGCCGAGGAGGCGGCCAACAGUUCGGGGCGCAAUCUGAACGGAUACGGGCACGAGAGCGUCACCCAUAGCGAACCGGUGCAGAAGGAGAUUCCGCACCAGAAGAGCAAAAAUGAUAAGAAAAAUAAUCACUAUAUGUCCUUGUGUCACUUCAAGCUGUGCAACAUGGGCCGUAAGCGCAAUCAACGAUAUCCUCAAUUCUGGAACUAAACGGUGAACGAGCGCUGACAAAACCAGAACGACACUUCUAUGUACAACGAAACAGCAAACUAAACACAAAAAAUAACACGCUUCCCCGGAAAAGACAUUCCACGGGUGGCCAACCGGAACCGGGGGACAUUCCAAUCCGCUCGAUGAUAGAGAACGCCGCACAUACAUGGCAUACAUUUAUACGCCCACAGUACAACCAGCAGCAGCAGCAGCAGGAGCAGCAUCAUACAUAUUAGUAACCCAGGCAGACAUCCAGAUACACUUCAGUGUAAACCGUACAAUAGAGAACUGGAAGUAGAGAUCAUGGAAAUGCUCACCAAGCAGUAACAAAACAAAUACAUUAACGAGAAACCAUUGGGCAAAGAAAGAGAAAUCAGAAAAGAAACAAAAAUACUUAAAACAAACGAAAAACAAACAA